AUGGGAAGAUACUUUCCUCUGAGCAAAGCGGCUAAGCUAAGGCAAGAAAUUUCGGCGUUUAAACAAGGAGAGUCUGAGACAUUAUUUGAAGUGUAUGAAAGAUUCAAAAAUCUCCUUAGAAGAUGCCCCCAUCAUGGUUUUGCUUCUUGGAUGCAGGUGCAGAUCAUCUAUAAUGGGCUAAACUAUGCAACUCAUCAAUUAAUUGAUGCUGCAGUUCAUGGAUCCCUUAGCAACAAGUACCCCGACAAAGUUGAGCAACACUUUGAAUCUAUGCCAAGCAAUGAGUCUCAUUGGGCCUCAAAAGGAACACCACAGAAACGAGCUGGGAUUUAUGAAGUUAGUUCUAAUGAUGCUCUUGCCGCAAAAGUUGACUUGUUGUCUUAUAAUCUAGACAUGCUCAUGGGUAGCAUUUCAAAGUCAAAAUCAGUGAUGAGUUGCAGCACUUGUGGUGGUGGGCAUGAGGUGGAAAUACCACCCAAACUUCUCAUGGAAUCAAUUGCAACAACAAAAGCUGCACCUUCUCAAGGUACCCAAGUACAACAACCAAUACUAGAAAAGAGAUUAAAUACUGAAGAUGUGCUUACCAAGUUCAUGAUUAACACUGAAUCAAGCGAGAUAGGCUCCAUCUUGACAAAUCUUCAAGCUUCUGUGCAAUCACUUGAGCAUCAGAUGGGGCAACUUGCUAAAGAAAAUUCUAAGAAACCUUCAGGCAGUCUUCCUAGCAACACCGAAGAGAAUCCAAGGGAGCACUUGAAGGCAAUUGCCCUUAGAAAUGGAAGACAAGUUGAGAUAAUGGUCGAACUGGAGCCAAGUGUCAUGGAAACUGGGGUAGCCGAAGUGUAA